AUGGAGAGGGUGACUAUGGAGCUCCCAUCUCCGCCAACGGCACCAACUUCACAGGCUGAUCAACGGUCUUCACAACGACACCACCGAAGAACUCACUCGUUUGAUGAGUCCAUUUCAUAUCACAUACCCCCAAGGCAUUCAUCACUGUCGCUGUCGUGGCUGCCAAGCGCGAGACGUCAGCGAACACUUGCUCCCGCGGUGAGCCGGAGUGCUCAUGAAAGCUACGGAGCUUUGACUCCACCCCCUCCUGUACAGCCCGGAGACUCUACAUUCUCAUCAGCAACAUCACUGCAUACUGUUCAAAGGCCCAGUGCAGACGCAGUUGGUAAUAAGCGAAAUGUUGGUGCAGGCUCCGUCACCAGAACACGCUGGUCCGAGUUGCCCAAUGCUGAACAAGAUCGAAUGCGAGCGAGACGGAACUCACGACUUGCUGCUGGAUUAUAUGAACACAGCCGGGACAAAAAUGGAGAGCAAUCAGAGAGGUCGUUCUCCCCGUUUUCAGACUCAGCUGUCAAGAUGAUGCCAGAUGGACAUCUUGAACGUCUGGUGGUGACUCCAUCGUUGGGCCACCACGAUGCCUGGACAGAGUCGGUUCAGCUCUUGAUCAAGGAAACAGCAGACGCAUUCCAAGCAGUUCACGAAACCAUGAAUGAUGCAACGCUAACAUCAUGGCUGCUUGAUUUGCCCGAGACACAAGAAGUUUCGGGCGAGUCAGAAGCGCCAGCUGAUUUUGUUCCUCCUCAUACCACCGUUUACCACCACAACGAGCAAGAACAAGAGAUCACCACAAAUAAUCCUCUACCGCCGCCGCCUCCUCCUCGCAAAAGCAUCAACCCAACUACAGACAAGCCGCUUCCUCCAUGCCCCGAGAAGCCAAAAAUGCAGGGGCUGAAGGAGGAAUUAAAAAAGGUUUCCAAGUACCGCGUUCUGCGGCCGACCAAGUCGGCCAAAUGGGCCGUGUCAAAUGGCGUUGCCCAGCUGCUCUCCAGCGCUGGCCUCAAGCGGCUGCAGGUUGAUGAGAUGCUGACUCCGGAGAGGAUUGAAGAAAUGCGAGUCAAGCGUCUCAGAAAAGACCUGGAGCGAUCCUCGUUUGAGGGGCGGGACUCGAGUGAGUCGUCACGCAGCGUCUCGUCGCAACAAACCUCAAAAAGCAUUUCGAAAGCCAACAACAAUGAGAGCAAAGAGGAAAAACCGUCCGCAUUAGCCCUUGACGACGCUGUCAUCCAUACAGACUUUUCCCUGCCCGGUACGUCGGCACAAAAGAGUGUCCCGGUGCAAGCGCAAGACAAAUGUGAGGCAAGUAAUACAGGAUCCCUUAACCCACCCCCAAAGAAUCCCCAAAGAUACGUUUUCACAAAGACCAAGUCACGGCUUCCGACUAUUCCAGAAGUCGUCGCCCAACCAGAGGAGCCGACUGGCCGACCAAGUGAGGACCACAGCCUCCGGUCGCAAGAUAGCGGCGAGUUUGUCAACAUACCGGGACCUCCUCUGGCUGAUGCACGCUCUACCGUUGGCCAUGACCACAUCCCCUGUCAAGCAGCGGAUGACAGCGCCAAUGUGGACGAGGAGCCCGAGGACGAUGACAUAGACUACUGCGACUAUCAAGUAGCCAUCCAAGGCAUGUCGUCAGACCUGCGAACAGCCUUGCAUGAAGAGGACGAGAAUGACAUGGCUGAGGAUAUGACGGCGUGGUUUGAGACGUUUGGCUUUGAGACGCACGGCGAGCUCAUCCCUGACGGAGCAUCUUCGCCGUGGAGUCUCUCAUCGCGCAGCGUCAUAUCCACAUCUCCGUCCACCAUCAGCGGCGACGCAGAUGGCCCGAUGCCAGUCACCUCUGACGACAACUAUACGUUUGCCGGGCCUAUGCGGUUCUUUCGCAGCCAGGUACCUCCGAAGAAGUGGGCGCCAUCGGAGGGUUCUCUCAAGCAGUACAAUCUACGGGAAGCCCAGGGACCGCCCUGCAGGCUGAGAACGACACCGCCACUGGUGGUCGGAGAGGGCGCGGCGGGCUAUGUGUCGGAAAAGGUGGCAGAGUCGGCGCUGUUAGGAUCAACUCCAUCUGCAUCUCCAACACCAACCAUCAAACAUCAAACAAAGUUCACAGCAUCUUCAUUACUCAGAGCACACCCCACAAACACCAUGCUCCGCCGACCCCCCACAACCCUUUCCAUCACGGCAGAAGACGUAGCCGCGUACGAGGACCGACGCGCAAACGAAGCACUCCUCGCGCAACAACAAGCACGCGCUGAGCAGGCGUACGCACAGCAACAGAGUCAAAUGGAGGGUGUUCAGGAGAGCCCUGGCACCAUGGGGAGGAGAGUACGUGAUGAGAGACUGGGAAUUACGAGACGACGAUAA